GCGUAGCUGCCUUCCCACGGGGAGGAGGGAAAAGGGGGAGCCGGAGCCGUGGGGACUACACAUCCCAGAAUACCCUGGGACUCCGCUCCAUAUGGGGGACAUGAUAUCAUGCUGGGGUGGAGAGGGAGGAUGAAUUGGCGGCGGGGAUAAAUUUGAGUUGACGGAAGGAGGCGUUCAGAAAGGAAAGGGAGGAAAGGAAAAGACGACCACAGGUCCCAUAGUGCCUGGGUAAGACUACACUUCCCAUGAUGCCUCGGGAAGGGGCGCGAGGAGGAAAAACUCCAAGUUCCGCGAAGCUCUUGGCGGCGGGCGGCGGAGAUUGGACCGGAAGACGCAUCCUGGGUUUGAGAAGUGGAGAGACUGAUAUUAAACACCGUAACGUCCAACAUGAAACUGUAUUGCCUAUCAGGGCACCCAACCUUACCAUGCAACAUCCUCAAGUUCAAAUCAACCACCAUUAUGCUGGAUUGUGGGCUGGACAUGACUUCUACCCUCAACUUCCUCCCUUUGCCACUUGUCCAAAGUCCCAGGCUGUGUAAUCUUCCUGGCUGGUCCCUGAAGGAUGGAAAUGCUUUCUUAGACAAGGAGUUAAAGGAAUGCUCAGGUCAUGUGUUCGUGGAUUCUGUGCCUGAAUUUUGUUUACCAGAGACCGAGCUAAUAGACCUGUCCACCGUGGAUGUAAUUCUCAUCUCUAACUAUCACUGCAUGAUGGCAUUGCCCUACAUCACCGAGCACACAGGAUUCACAGGCACGGUGUAUGCCACGGAGCCCACUGUCCAGAUUGGCAGGCUUCUCAUGGAAGAGCUGGUGAAUUUCAUUGAAAGAGUGCCAAAGGCUCAGUCUGCCUCCUUGUGGAAGAAUAAGGACAUACAGCGGCUGCUGCCUUCUCCUCUUAAGGAUGCAGUGGAAGUGUCAACCUGGAGAAGAUGCUAUACCAUGCAGGAGGUGAACUCCGCCCUUAGUAAAAUCCAACUGGUGGGAUAUUCUCAGAAAAUUGAGCUUUUUGGUGCGGUCCAGGUGACUCCUCUGAGCUCUGGCUAUGCCCUUGGAAGCUCCAACUGGAUCAUCCAGUCCCAUUAUGAGAAAGUUUCUUACGUCUCUGGAUCUUCCUUGCUUACCACACACCCUCAGCCCAUGGACCAAGCUUCUCUCAAAAACAGCGAUGUUCUCGUUCUGACAGGGCUCACCCAGAUCCCCACCGCAAACCCCGACGGCAUGGUGGGAGAGUUCUGCAGCAACCUGGCUCUGACUGUCCGGAACGGAGGCAACGUGCUGGUCCCCUGCUACCCGUCUGGCGUGAUCUACGACCUCCUGGAGUGCCUGUACCAGUACAUUGACUCGGCCGGCCUCUCCAGCAUCCCCUUCUACUUCAUCUCCCCCGUGGCUAACAGCUCCCUGGAGUUCUCCCAGAUUUUUGCUGAAUGGCUUUGUCACAACAAACAGAGCAAGGUGUAUCUCCCAGAGCCACCUUUUCCUCACGCAGAGCUCAUUCAGACCAACAAGCUGAAGCACUACCCCAGCAUCCACGGAGACUUCAGCAACGACUUCCGGCAGCCGUGCGUGGUGUUCACCGGGCACCCUUCGCUCCGGUUUGGGGAUGUGGUCCACUUCAUGGAGCUCUGGGGAAAAUCGAGUCUCAACACUGUCAUAUUUACAGAACCUGACUUCUCCUACCUGGAAGCACUGGCUCCCUACCAGCCCUUGGCCAUGAAGUGCAUAUACUGCCCCAUCGACACGCGCCUCAACUUCAUCCAGGUGUCCAAGCUGCUGAAAGAAGUGCAGCCCCUGCACGUGGUCUGUCCCGAGCAGUACACGCAGCCGCCCCCGGCCCAGUCGCACAGGAUGGACCUCAUGAUUGACUGCCAGCCGCCGCCCAUGUCCUACCGACGGGCCGAGGUCCUGGCCCUGCCCUUCAAGCGUCGGUACGAGAAGAUCGAGAUCAUGCCCGAGCUUGCAGACUCCCUGGUGCCCAUGGAGAUCAAGCCCGGCAUCUCCUUGGCAACCGUCUCAGCUGUGCUGCACACGAAAGACAACAAGCACGUGCUGCAGCCCCCUCCCAGGCCGGCGCAGCCCACCAGCGGGAAGAAGAGGAAGCGCGUGAGUGACGACGUGCCGGACUGCAAAGUGCUGAAGCCUCUGCUGAGCGGCUCCAUCCCCGUGGAGCAGUUUGUGCAGACCCUGGAGAAGCAUGGCUUCAGUGAUGUCAAGGUGGAAGACACGGCCAAGGGCCAUAUUGUCCUGCUGCAGGAAGCGGAAACACUCAUCCAGAUCGAAGAAGAUUCAACUCACAUCAUCUGUGACAGUGACGAGAUGCUGAGGGUACGACUGCGGGACCUCGUCCUUAAAUUCUUACAGAAGUUCUGAGGAUGUCUCAAAAAGACAAAACAAAACAAAAAACUGUGACAGGCAUGAUGGCGCACGCCUGUAAUCUCAGCACUCAGGA